AAAUACCCAUUUUGUACUUUGGGUUUUUCUCUUCUUCUUUAUUCCCAACUUCGCCUUCGUCGCCUUACUCAUUCACCCAGAUUCUCAAUUCAUCACUCUCUGACGGUCCGGCCCCAACCCGCCCUAGAUUUUCCUCACUUCGAUUAGAUCUCGCCGUAGAGACAACCCAACUGAGUACCCAUGACUCUAGGCUCUGGAGGAUCCGGUGUUGUGGUCCCAAGAAAUUUCAGAUUGCUGGAGGAACUUGAACGUGGAGAGAAAGGUAUUGGGGAUGGCACUGUGAGCUAUGGGAUGGAUGAUGGAGAUGAUAUCUACAUGCGUUCUUGGACUGGCACCAUCAUUGGUCCCCAUAAUACUGUACAUGAAGGUCGGAUCUAUCAGUUGAAGCUGUUUUGUGAUAAAGAUUACCCAGAGAAGCCACCAACUGUUCGAUUUCAUUCACGGAUUAACAUGACUUGUGUCAACCAUGAAACUGGAGUGGUGGAUUCGAAGAAAUUUGGGCUUCUUGCAAACUGGCAGAGAGAGUACACCAUGGAGGAUAUUCUUACACAGCUGAAAAAGGAGAUGGCAGCUGCACAUAACCGGAAGUUGGUCCAGCCCCCGGAAGGUACCUACUUCUAGUUUCAGGACCAUUUAGAAAUCAUGGAUCCAAUUGCAUAGGCAAUAUGCAAUAUAUAGUUUGUAAUGCCCUUGUUCAUCCCAAGCCAAGAACAUGCAGGGGACUGCCCUCAGCAGCUUCUCCUACUACCUCUCCAUGGCUUCAUCUUUGUUUUAUUGCCUUCUUUUCUUGAAUUUCAAUUGUGUUGAAGGGAUGCUGUUUGAUUAAUGGGAUUUUAUGUGUGAAAUAUUAAUGACCCUUUAAACAGA